GCUACGUUGACGUCAGGAGCGUCAGUGGUGGAUCAGUUCGGGAAGGUCGAUCGCAGCCCCUUUAGCCGACAAACAUGAUGUCCCUUGCUGCCCGUUCGGGGGCUUUUUCCCCGUACCUGCAAACUACAAAUUAUGCCGUGGCAGGUCCACUAAAGCCUCUCAUACCCGGCGUCGUCAUGAAGACCGAUAAACUGUUGAUGGACACCAAGAAGCCGUUCCUGUGCCGCGAGUCCUUGUCUGGUCAGAGUGCGAAGAGCGGCCUUGCCGUGUCCGUCAGCCUCAACGCUCGCUCUUUAGUGCGUUUCGCCCACACAGACAUCAAGAUCCCCGAUUUCUCUGACUACCGGCGGCCAGAGGUUUUAGACCCAAAGAAGUCCUCACAAGAGAGCGGCGACACCCGACGGGCCUUCUCCUAUCUGAUCACAGGUUCCACCGCUGUGGUUGGAGUCUAUGCAGCCAAAACCGUUGUCACACAGUUUGUCUCCUCCAUGAGCGCCUCGGCUGACGUGUUGGCCCUGUCCAAGAUUGAAAUCAAGCUAUCAGACAUCCCUGAGGGUAAGAACAUGACCUUCAAAUGGAGAGGGAAACCCCUGUUUGUCCGGCACAGAACAGAAAAGGAAAUUGCAACUGAGGCUGAUGUCAAUCUCGCUGAGCUUCGGGACCCCCAGCACGACAGAGACCGUGUCCAGAACCCCAUCUGGGUCAUUGUCAUUGGCGUGUGCACCCACCUGGGCUGCGUGCCCAUUGCCAACGCUGGUGACUAUGGUGGCUAUUACUGCCCGUGCCAUGGCUCUCAUUAUGACGCAUCUGGUCGCAUUAGGAAAGGCCCCGCUCCGCUCAAUCUGGAGGUGCCCUUCUAUGAGUUCCCAGACGAUGACACAGUGAUUGUAGGAUAAAGGACUGUACUGUAAUAACUCUGAUCAACACUGAACAUGUGCUUUACUUGUUUAGUUUUUGUCCAUCUUGUUUCCGACUCAUAAUCUGCAUUGACUUGAUGGGUAAAAAAGAUUAAUUGUAAGUAAUAAAGAGUAUUUUAUCUGAUGGAAACCUCACUAUUCUCUAUUUAUUCAGUCUCAAUAUACCCAUCUAUGUGUGUUAUACUUAAUCACUUAGGUUGUUUAAUUAUAUGCACAAUACGCAUUGGUUUACAGAUAAGGAACAAAUAAGAUCUCCACUCCACUAUAGUGAUAAAGUCAAAGGGUAAGGGAAGGUGCAGAUUUUUAGUUGCAGAAUUUCAGGUAGGUAAAAAAAAAAAAAAAUACAAUGCAAUACACCUUACACAAGGAAUGACACAUUGAUUCUAUACUCUUUUCUGUUGUCAUAGUCAGUGGUAAAUGUGACAACUGUCUUAUUGUGGCUAGGUUUCUGUGGAAACUGAUAAGGAAAGCAAAUGUGAAAUAUGGAUGUAUUGAAAAUGCUCUAAACUAUCUGUGGAUAAACCGAGCUCUAAGAUAUGCUUACGGAGUUAUGAAUUGAAUAAAGCCUUCACAAAUUUCA